AAAUUAGAUUUUGCCGCUGACCCUGUCCACAGCACCUUGCUUAGUUUCCAUGCUGGUACAACUUGCUGCUUCUCCAAACUGGGGACACGUUGGCCGCUGUCUACUGCAGGGAUGGAUCACCUCAACUCCACCGGCCUCCCCACCCCCAACCAAACAGACUUCAGCAACUUCUUCACCCUCCACGUCCUCCCGCCGCUCUAUUUGGUGAUCUGCAUUGUGGGUUUGUGCCUGAACGGCCUGGCCGCCUGGAUCUUCUUCAGAGUGCCCAGUGACUCGGGUCUGGUGGUCUACCUGAAGAACAUGGUGGUGGCUGACCUCCUCAUGUUGGUCACCUUCCCCUUCAGGCUGGCAGCUCAGCUGGGCCUGGGUGGCUGGCGCGUUCACGUCAUCAUGUGCCGCUACACCGCCGUGCUCUUCUACUCGUCCAUGUACGUGGGGAUCCUUUUCAUGGGCCUCAUCAGCCUCGAGCGCUACUUCAAGAUUGUCCGACACACCUCCCCCUCCCCCUCCUCCUCCUGCAGGUCCAGGUGGGGAGGGGUGUCCUUGCUGCACCUACUGCAGAACGUCAGCUUCGCCCGAGUCUUGGCGCUCCUCAUCUGGAGCCUCCUCCUCCUCCUCUGUGUGCUUCCCAACGCCCUGCUGACCAGCCAUCCGGCCAAUGAGGAGAACUCACGUCAUUGCAUGCAGCUGAAGACGCCGCUGGGCAUGCAGUGGCACCGGGUGUCCACCUUCUUCAGCGUAAGCCUGUUCUGGGUGACCCUGCUGGUCCUUGCCUUCUGCUACGCCUCCAUCGCCUGCCGGAUUUACCAGUCCUACCGCCGUGUGCGCCGCAACAACAGCAACGCCUGCCGUAAGUCAAACCGUAGCAUUUUCAGCAUCCUGGCGGUGUUCUUCAUCUGCUUCGUGCCGUACCACGUCUGCCGUGUGCCGUACACCCUGAGCCAGAUGCCGGCGUCGGGCUUCAGCCAGGAAACCCGCUUCGUGCUGUUCCAGGUGAAGGAGGGGACGCUCUUCCUGUCGGCGCUCAACGUCUGCCUCGACCCCAUCAUCUACUUCCUGAUGUGCCGAACCUUCAGGGAGUCGCUGCUGAAGAAACUGUCAGGAAGAGAGGGGAGGAGAUCCCUGACCACCGCCCAGAGUCUGACCAACAUUUAGGAGAGGAGACAAGGACAGGAGGCAAGGAGGGAGGACAGGACAGAGGACACCUUGCCUUAACCAGACUGUAGUGUCAUGUGUGAUUAUUUUAGGAAUAAUGAAAAAAUAAAAAAUGUUGGCACCGAAUGCAUCACCUUUAAAUGUUUUUCUGGAAGUAAAUAAUUUAAUCUAUAUUUUGACUUACAGAGUUAAU